AUGGGGCUACUGCAAGCCCUGCAGGCUGGGCCAUGUUCACCCAUGGGUUUACAAGGGGGGGCCAGCCAUUCAGCGCCCCAUGCCCAGUGGCCUGAGAAUCAUAUCUCUGGCGGUUCCCAUGGUCCCAGUGGUUACUGGAAAAAGCCACUAAACCACACAGGAAAUAGGGACGGUUCAACCCCUGGUUCCGCCCUGCUCAAUCUCGUGGUUUUCGUUUUCUGGCAGCGUCCCGAGCUAUUUUGUAUGAGAGGAGCCUCGCUACGGGCGGAGCUAACUUGCCAUGCCGACUAUGAUGACCCCGGUUUGUUUGCUUUGCAACGAUUUCAGCUCUAGUCGGGAGCUGCUCAUAACAAAGGGAUGGGACUACGAAAUCGUUG